AUGGGUCACCACGUGGCACAGCUGGCUCUGUUUGUGAGUGACUCAGACAAAGACAUCAGCCAGCAGGCCAGGAAGGGGACUUACCGGCUGAACCAGCUGCUGCUUGAAAAGAGGGGAACAGGGAGAGGAAGCCUUAACAAUAAGUAUGUGGUCAAAAAUGACACUAUGCCACAAGAUUAUGGGGAAAAAUGUACCAAUGGGAGUUCUUGCAAAAAAAUAACAGAUGGUGGAUGUGUCCGACUUUCCCAUGAGCUCUCGGCAGGUGAGAAAAAAGCCACUGAGAACAGAAAGGAAAAAGUCCUGGAGUGCCUCAAGAGCCUUGGCAUUGCCCGUGAUGAGGAUAACAUGCCCAAUAUCACCAUCUUAGGAUCAGGUGGAGGUCUGCGGGCCAUGAUAGCCCUUCAAGGAACCUUGGUGGAGAUGAAGAAGCAGGGCCUGUUGGAUGCUGUCCUGUAUCUGUGUGGGGUAUCGGGUUCUACCUGGUGCAUGUCCACCCUCUACAAAGAUAAGAACUGGACAGAGAAAGUACAGGACUUGGAAGAAUGUCUGUGUGAUACACUUUCCAAAUCUUCAUGGGAUCUUCAUAAGGCAUACUCUCUUGUGUGCCAGGCAGCUAAAGAUGAACUCUUCUCUCUGACUGAUGUCUGGGCCUCUUUUGUUGUCUAUAAAAUAUUGAAGCAGUAUGAUCAGACCAUGUUAUCUGAACAAGAUGAUGCCUCCACAAGUGGGACAAAUCCUUAUCCCAUCUAUGCGGCAGUGGAAGCAAAGAUAUCACAUAAAGCAGAUGAAAACAGCCCAGGCACCUGGUUUGAAUUCACUCCUCAUGAGUCUGGCUUUCCUGGCCUAGGGGCAUUUGUGUGCACAAAAGACUUGGGAAGCAAAUUCGAGAAUGGGAAGUUGAAAGAUAACAGCAAAGAGAAAAGUAUUUGCUACCUGCAAGGUUUAUGGGGAAGUGUCUUUGGAAGCAGGGAGGAAAACAUGAAAUAUUUAAAAGAGCUUGUUCUCCAAGUAUUUUCUGGAGGACUGGGAGGGGAACAUCAGUAUGCAGUAGGAGAAGCAGAAAACACAUCAGAAAUGUCCGUGUCUCCACUUGGAGGAGCAGAACAUGAGGGCAAAAAUUCCUACCAGAAGUGCUGUGAAAUGAGCGACACCUGGGGUUCAAAGACCUUGGCAGCAAGAAUGGAGGAGUGUGCUGAAUUCGGCAGGAUUUUUGAAACAGAACAUGGAGGAAGUGUAUCGAGUGCAUGUAAAUUGUUUUGGAAAAUCUGUAUCUGUAUCUUCCACUGGAGAUGGGGGAGCACCCAUAACUUUCUGUACAAAUGUCGGGAUACUAAAUCCACUGGCUUGGAUAAGGAUGAAGUCAUCAACUUGAUUGAUGCCGGCAUUGGCAUAAAUUCCGCCUACCCCCUUGUUCUGCGUCCGGAAAGGAAAGUGAAACUGAUCCUUUCCUUUGACUUCAGCAAUAAGGAUCCUUUCGAGACCAUCAAGAAAACUGCCGAGUACUGUGAGGCAAAUCACAUCCCAUUUCCCAAGAUAGACCCAGAAAAGCUGAAAGACACAGAUAGCCCUUCCAGUUGCUACGUCUUCAAAGGGAAGCACGUUCCCACCGUCAUGCACUUCCCACUCUUCAACAAGGAAAACUCUCCAGAUAAAAUACAUGACUUCAGAGAGAGAUAUUCCACCUUUCAUUUUUCCUACAAAGAGGAUGAUGUCAAAGAACUCCUCAAAAGAGCAAAGAUGAACAUAUUCAACAACAAGGAGAGGAUUCGGGAAGAGAUCCAGCAGAUUGUUUCCUCCUCCACCAAGAAGUUUUAA